UUUACACAAAAAGCCCGGGUUUCUUUUUCUUUUUCUGUCAGAGGGAUUAAACUCGCCUUUUCUGGAAAACGAGUACAGAGGUAAAGAACGCCAUGUUGACACGACAACGCCAACUGGGAGGCCAAAUAUCACCGGGGAUAACGUUAUUCCCUUAAUUUUUAUUACGUUACCACAAUCAGCGAUCAAUCGACUCAAGCCAACUGUCUGCAGAGAAAAAGCCGAGGUCGAAACAGCUGAUCAAUCAUACUUUCACCGCCAUUCUAGCAAACUCAACGGUUAUAAAGCAUCGGUUAAUUACUCGCCCAUUGUUGAGAAUAGUUUACUGAUUUAGCAACGUUAAUUCAAUUAAUUGUGUGGGUGUGACAGUUACUGUGAUUUACGAAAGUACAAAAAUACAAACUGUUGUUUUUGUGCUAACGGCGGGCCUGUCAGGCUAACUUAGCAACAUUAGCUCGUUGGCUAAUGCGGCCAACGGAAGGAGAAGCUAAGCUAAUGCUAACGGUUCGUGUUAAUGAUAACUUGCUAAUCAUUGACAUUUCCAAUCGCUACGUCGUCGAAUUAAAUUUAGCAUCACCUAACGUUAAAGCAGCUUUCUUGAUGUUUUUCGAUCGGAUAUUUAAUUAUUCUGAUCGUUCAAACGCGUUCGUUCAGUCGGCGUGAGUUAGCUUAAAUGCAAAGCAACUUGACGCACUUCAAAUUGUGUUCGAGUCGUCGUCUUUUUACCCAAACAACACUCUGAUGAGCUUUAUUUUCAGCUCCCGAACACCCUGAAAUUAUUGGGGUUUGAUCCCUUGAAGUUCUAAAUGUUAACUGUAUUCACAUUAUUGAUUUUCUCUCAUUUAAAUGUACAGAGUAAUCCUGUUACAAUGGCUAGUGUUUGAAACGCGUUUGUGCUGCUUGUUGCUCAUGAAUAUUUGUCUAACAUCACUUUAUUCACAGUCGUGCCCACACUGACUCCAAACAUCCACAAAAGUCCCCAAAAUGUGUAAAACGUCUGCAAAGCAUCCCAGAAGUGUUUCAAGCCAAACACAAAGUUCCCUUUUUCCACAGUCCCCAGUUGGCAAAUGUCCUUUAUGUUACCCAGUUGGCCCCACAGUCUCACAGACCCCACUAGUGUCCCUGAAAGGUUAGGGAGAAACCUCUUUCAAUGGUUUUGAGUGCAAAAUGUGAAGAAAACCUGUCACAGCCAGAGGAUGGAGAACUGGAGGAGGGUGAGCUGGAAGAUGAUGGGGGAGAUGUGGAGGAGGAGGAGAUGGGUGGUGGUACAUCUGCAGCAGCAGCAGGAGCAGGUGGUGAUGGAGGUGAUGAGGCAGGUGGAGGAGGUGAAGCAGAAGGGGAAGGGGCCGGAGAAAGGCCUCAGCGAAGUAAGGAGCGCCAUGCCAGCAGCAAUUCAGACGACGAGAGAUCCCACCGUCGCAAGAGGAAAAGGAAGAAAGAGAAGGAGCGAGAAAGGGAGAAGAGGAGGGCCAAGAAGAAACGCAAAUCAAAACACAAACGCCAUGCAUCUUCUGAUGACGACCACUCAGACUUCAGUGAUGACUCUGACUACAGCCCGAGUGAAAAGAGAAAAUACAGAGAAUACAGUCCACAGUACCCCCCUUCUUCUCAUGGGGGCUAUGGUGGCUCAAAGAAAGGCAGCUACAUGAAAAUGGAUAAGCAGAGCUAUGGAGGCUACGAUGAGUAUGAAGAGGACAACUACGAGGGAGAGGAAGAGGAGGACAUGGGGGAAGAAGACUAUGAUGACUUCACGAAGGAGCUCUAUCAGUACCGCAAGGCCAAAGAGGGAGGAGGUGGCCGUGGAGGACGGGGGGGUAAAGGUCGCAUGAAGAACCAGAGAGGUCGUGGAGGAAUGAGGGGAGGGAGGAGGGGAAGAGGUGGAAGCAGAGGAAGAGGAGGUCGAGGUGGUGGUGGUGGAGGAGGAGGAGGAAAGAUGGGAGGAGACAACGAUGAUGGAGACGGAUAUGGAGAUGAGAUGGAGUAUGGAGAUGAUGACUAUGACAACAUGGGGGAUGACGACUACGAUGACUACUCAAAAGAACUCAAUCAGUACAAGAAGUCCAAAGACAGAGGCAGAGGAGGUAAAGGCGGCCGUGGAAGAGGGAGGGGUAAAGGAGGACGUGGUAUGAUCAGAGGAGGAAGGGGUCGAAACCGUGGGAGAGGAAGAGGUGACAUGGGGAUGGAUGACGACAACAACGGAGACAUGGAUAAUGGGGAUGGAGGUGGAGGAGGCGAUGGUCCAGGACUCGGGCGGAGGAAUCAAAAUGAGAAGCACCAGGAUAAGAAAGGAAAGGCCAUCUGCAAGUACUACAUUGAGGGGAGAUGCACCUGGGGGGACCACUGCAACUUCAGCCACGACAUUGAGCUGCCCAAGAAGAAGGAGCUGUGCAAGUUCUACAUCACUGGAUUUUGUGCCCGAGCGGACCACUGUCCUUACAUGCAUGGUGAAUUCCCCUGUAAGCUUUUCCACACCACUGGGAACUGUGUCAAUGGCGACGAAUGCAUGUUCUCCCAUGAAGCGCUCAAUGAUGACACACAGGAGCUGCUCAAUAAGAUGCUGGCAGAGGAUGCAGAAGCUGGAGCUGAGGAUGAGAAGGAGGUGGAAGAGCUGAAAAAACAGGGGAUCAACCCUCUCCCCAAACCCCCUCCUGGAGUUGGCCUCCUGCCCACCCCUCCUCGGCCUGUUCCUGUAGACACCAACACAGGGGCUGGGGAAUUUGGUGGCCCACCGGUGGGUGACUUUGGUGACUUUCCUGGACCUAACCAGGGGCCCAUUCACAACAAAGGUCCCCCAGGACCAGGGCCUGUUCCUGGGCCAAACCCCUGUGUUGGUCCCCCUGUCCAUGGCCCUGAAGGAAUUCCCUUCCAAGGUGGGCCCCCAAAUCCCAAUGUCCCUCCUCCACACAUGGGCCCUCCACCUCCUUGUGGUGGUGGAGGUGGAGGAGGAGGAGGAGGAGGUGGUGCAGGGAAGAAGAUCCCCUCAUUGUUUGAGAUUAAAGUUCAGCCAACCGGACAGCUGGCUCAGAAACUGGCCGUCAGGGGCCAGACUCCCAGUGGCAAUCAGGGUCAAACUGCAGCACCACCCCAAGGGGCCCCUGGUGCCCCUCCCCCCUGCUUCCCUCCUCCCCCAGGCAUGAUGUCCCCUGACAUGCAGAACAUGGGCCCCCCUGGAAUGAACCAGGGCCCCCCCAACAUGGGACCUGGUGGACCACCCAUGAUGGGAGGAUUUGCACCUGGUGACGGACCUCCACAUGGUGGUGCUAUGCCUCCAGGCCCUCCUCAGGGUGGAGGAAACUUCUUCAAUAACUUCUUCAAUCAGCAGGACAGUAUAAACAUGGAGGGAGUGGUGCAAGAAGGUGAUAACUACCAAGGUUUUCCUGGCAUGGACGAGAGAGGAGGAGCAGGGAAAUUUGGUAAUCAGUCAGGUGGCCAAGAAGGCUCUAAUGGAGCAUCAGCCAAUCAGGGAGGGAUUUCUGUGCCCGACUUCCUGCCUCCAGCACAGCGCGUCCUAUUUAUGAGGAUCCAACAGAAGCAGCAGGAAGAGGAAGAAAGAGCUCGCAGAAUUGCAGAGGGAGGAGCAGAGAAGAGUAGAGACACUGAAGGUGACUCAGGGAACUGGUACUCCAGUGAGGAUGAGGACGGUGGUGGAAGUGUGACCUCUAUUUUGAAGACGCUCCGUCAACAAACUCAGGGUCCUUCAAAACCUGAUGGCCCCCCAAGCGAUCCUCGCCUUCAGAAGGCCUCUACUGCCAGCGCUCCGGCUCGGCCAGCAGAUCCCCGCUUGGCUCGGGACCCACGUCUGGCACGUGCUGCAGAGUCGGCCCAGAUCUCAGACUCUACCCACUCCAUGCCUGCUCCAGCUUCCUCUGGACCACCUGCAGACCCAAGGUUAGCCCGGCUAACUGCCGCUGCCUCAGCUGGAUCCACAUCCCUCUCGCCUCCUGCUCCUAAACCGGAGCCUCCUUUAGUCUACAAGCCCCCACCACUUACGACUCCGGCAGCAGAUGAGGAGGAGACAGAGCGCGUUCUCCGGGACAAGCCAGUGCCGAUUCCCUUGGACCCGCUCAUGGGUAUGGCUCUAAGAGAUCCACGCUCACAGCUGCAGCAGUUCAGUCAUAUUAAGAAAGAUAUUCUUCUCCACAUGCCGGCAUUCUCUAAAACCAUCACCUGGUCACCUGAAGAUCUCCUUCCACUGCCUAUCCCUAAGCAGGACCUCCUUCCGCUCCCACCAGGCAUCCCUCCUGUCUCCUCCAUAGACCCACGUCUGUCUCGGGCUCAGCAGCCACCCCAUACAUCACUCCCUCACUCGCAGCCUCCCCCCAUACAGCCUCCUCCCUCAUUGGACCCUCCUGCUCCCUCUACAUCUUCCUCCUCCUCCCUCCCAGACUUUGAGCUGCUGUCUCGUAUCCUGAAGACUGUCAACUCCAGCCCGUCCCAGACUCCCUCCCCUCCUCUCCUACCCCCCCCUAUUGCCCCUGUGUCGAUUCUGGGUACACCUCCCCCCAUGCCUCCCACACCUGCAGAGAAACCUGUUGACCCCCGUGUGGCCCGUAAAGGCCCCACAGACCCACGUCUGCAGCCUCAGAAGUCAGCACUGAAGCAACCAACAGAUCCUGCACCUCCUCCUGUCUCCUCUACCUCUCCAGCGACAACAUCUAGCUCCUCUUCUCCUCCUACCAUUGCCCCAUAUGACCCAAGGCUGCUCUCCUCAGGUGGGGCAGGGCGUGUUGUGGGACCUGGGGCACCAGGGGGAGCCAGUGUGCUGAGCAGCAUCAGUCUAUAUGACCCCCGGACUAACAAACCAGGCAGCCCUGGUACCAACAGUGGCUCUAACAACUCCCCCAACUCAGCUAGCACAGAAUCCAAACCCAGUGAGCCCACAACAGGUAAACCGAAGUCCAAGGAACCCCUGUUUGUUCGUAAGUCUGCAUUGGACCAACCAGAGCCAGAGAAAAGUGGAGAGCAAGGGACUGAUCGAUAUAACAGUUAUAACAGGCCCCGGCCAAAGCCUGCACCCUCGCCUAACUCUGCAGCCCAGGGAGGGCCCACUGCAGCGGGCGCAGCUGCAGUUGGAGGUCAGGGGGCUUCUGGAGCUGCUGCAGAUCAGGGCCCCGCAGGUGUCCACAACCUUCCUGUAUCCUCUCUUUUUGGCGUGGUAAAGCAAGCAUCGAAGCCUGGCGGGACGAGUAGCCCCUUUGGAGGCAACAGUCCGGUGCAGUCUGACCAGGCAGCCACAGAUCAGGACAACGCCUCACUGAAGGAGGUUUUCAAAGGCUUUGACCCCACCGCCUCCCCCUUCUGCCAGUGACCGCCCAACCAUCAAACCAAAAGCCCCUUAUGUGGUCAACAUGGGCUUGUUUUAACAUUUAUGGACACUGAACAGAUCAGUGAAAAAGAGAAAGAAAAGUGCACUGGGGCGUCUGCCUAUAAGACUGGUUAAGAAGACAAACUUUUGUGAACAAACUGACGUCAAACGAUGUUUCAUGCACAGCAUACUCUCUGACACACACACACACACAUGCUCUUUAUCACAGUGUUGCAGAUUCAGAUUCUAUAAAAGACUCUUGGGUUAUGGGAAGGGUUUAAAAUGAAAUCUCUAAAGUUCUAUUUUAAGCAGACUUAUUGAUGUAUAAAUAUAUGUAUUCUCUUCAUCUCAAUCCUUAAAGAAAACAGUUAUUGAGACAGCAAAGACACAUUUACAUCGAACAAACAAGUUCAUAGCUUCUUCCUUAUCCUCUUCAUUUCAGUACCUGCUCAAUUCUUUUGUGAAUUUUUCUCCUCAUCUUUAACCUGUUCGAUGUGCUCGUCUGUAUUUUUGACAGUCAAAGUUGACUAUGCUCUUGGCAACAAUGAAAAAAUGGGAUACAUCUCAUUUUUUCCCAACAAAAUAUUGCUUAUUUGUGGUGUUUUUUGUGAUUAAAUCAACAGCACUGAGGCAACUCUUUUAACUCAGUUGCCUAUCAGACUCAAAUCACCUUCUAUGUCACUGCCUUUGCAUUCACUGUCCUCUUUAACCCCCCUGAACAGUCCUCAGUUUAGCAUGCAUUUUGUCAUCAUGAGUCACCAUGUCACAUUUUCUGCAGAAACGUUUGCAAAUACCUAAAGUUUAAAUCUAUAUUCUGCUUUUUUAGUAUUUAUUUUUCUACUUCUUUGCACUGUUUAUUGCCCUCGAAGGUAUCCUGUAUCUAUGUUUUUAAUGUCUCUAGCUCCGCCACCUGUUCAUGUACUGUUUAAUUUCACAUGUCUAGCCUUUUCCUCAAAACAGAAGUUUUGCUGGUACAGGAAGUGACCUGUGACCUUUCAGUACUGCCUCUCACCACUAAGCCACUGUUUUCCUUUUCCCUGUUUGUCAUAUUCACAGGUUUUCACAUUAAGUUUAAUCGGUUUGUGAAUGGUCAGUGGAGAACAUUUAAUGACAACUUCUGUAGCUUUAAUGUCGAAGGUAUGGAAAAUAGACCUCGCUGCUCAAACUGAUGACAAACACGUCCCCAUGUCCCUCUCCAUUGGCAGAUUUUACUUGGAUGGUGGUUAGCCAGAGCCUCAGAAGGAAACAUUAAACAUGUUUUUUUUCUGCAUAAAAGUUGAUUUCAAAGGUUCAGUAUGAAAUCAGUCAGCCAUGGUCAGAAUUCACCAUCUAGCCUUGAGCUUGUAGUUAUUUUGUUUUUAAUAACUCUCUUGUUAAGAAUGAAAAGAGGGGCUGUAUAUUUCUGCCAUUGGUUGGUGGAUUGGAAUAAUUUGCAGUCUUUAGUUCAGAAGCUUUUGGCUUUAGUGGCUGGUGACAAUGUGACAAACUAAACUUGGACCUAAAGUUCAAUUAAUGCAUGGAUCUUGCAUUGAUCUGUGCAGGUGCUCCCUCUACUGUCAGUCUGAGCUCUGCAUGAAGGGAACCAUGGCCUUCAAAUUACAGACUUUGACAUGAUCUGUGUUAAAAAUGGUUUUCUCUCUCAGGCCUGCAGCAAAUGAAGCGCACACAUCAGUGUUCAGCUGGGGUGGAUUCACAAUUUAAAAUGUUAAAAUAGUUUCUCCAGAAUCUUAUUUCUUAGUUUCUACUCCUUACCUUACCUUACCAUACCAUAAACAGUAAACAGUCAGAAGUUAGAGUAGCAUCUGAAUCAGGCUGAGGAUAAGCAAGCUGUUCCCGAGCCAGUUAUUUCAUUACCAGAUUUGUUUGAAAAUCUGUACAUGUGGGGUCACUGUAGUGGAGCUUACAGAUGUUUUUGACUCCCAGAAGGGUUAAGAUUGUAUAACAGCUGUCAGGAUUGUUGACUGUCUUGUGUAUAAAUGUUGAUCAUUUUAAUUUAUUUUUUAUACUUGGGUAAAUAUACUUCCUCACUCAUUUUUGAACUGAAUCGUUUUAUAUGUCAGAAAUAUGUGAUUACUGCUCACCUCAGUGGGAUGUAGGCAGCCUGCAACAGUGUGAAGAGAGGAGAAAGACAUAUUUUUUUAUUUGGUUUUGUGUAUAAGGAUUCAAACUAACAAAAUUCACUAUGGUUCCCUCCUGCAGGUAGGAAAAGCCUGUUAGGAGGCUGAGUUUCAGCUAUAGCAAGUGUGAAAGUUAUUGUUGAUUUGUUCUUUCCUUUAUUGCUUUGUUGUUUUAUAAGUUAGUUUUUUCUUGCUAUGUAAAUCUGAACAGUAUCCUGUCUUUGGAGGAGUGGAGUUUUCUAACUGUACACUGUAGGUGAGGUUGUCAAAGUAUUUAAAUAAAGUUGAUACAUGAUCAACCAGUUAAAA